ACGCAGGAGUUUUGCAGGAACCUCUGACGUGUCAGACUGUCGCCAUUUUCCUAAGGAAGGAAACGCCUAGAGGGAACAAAACAUUUCAACUGAGUAAGUGCAAGAGAGACUUUUUGUUAAAGAAAAAAGAAAAGGUAGCUUUUACAAUAUCUGAAGGUUUUCUUUUUGUUUUUUUGGCCUUUUUGGGUUCCUGUCACCAGCCGCCAUGGGGAAUAUGUUUGCAGGACUGUUUAAAAUGUUCGGGAAGAAGGAGAUGAGGAUACUCAUGGUGGGUCUGGAUGCUGCUGGAAAGACAACGAUUUUGUACAAGCUUAAACUCGGAGAGAUUGUGACUACCAUCCCUACAAUAGGUUUUAAUGUGGAAACGGUAGAAUACAAGAACAUCAGUUUCACUGUAUGGGAUGUCGGCGGUCAAGACAAAAUUCGACCGCUGUGGCGUCAUUACUUUCAAAACACUCAGGGUCUUAUCUUUGUCGUGGACAGCAAUGAUAGAGAGCGAUGUGGAGAGGCUCGUGAAGAGCUCCUGAGAAUGUUGGCAGAGGAUGAGCUGCGUGACGCCGUGCUGCUAGUGUUUGCCAACAAACAAGACCUCCCAAAUGCUAUGAAUGCAGCAGAACUCACAGACAAGCUCAAUCUUCAUUCCCUGCGCAACCGACAGUGGUACAUCCAGGCGACCUGUGCCACCACCGGAGAUGGCCUCUAUGAAGGGCUGGACUGGUUGUCUAAUCAACUCAAGAACCAUUAAUGAUUACGGCAUUUUAAAAUCCAAUCUCCUCCACCCCAAUCUCUGACCUUGCUCUUUACUUUUAAGAUCUUGCUAAACUGAGUUAUGUUGUACUGGAAGCUGCUCUCGUGUCAGCUGUUAUUACCACAAACAUGCAGGCCAGUGGUGGGGGUGGGCUAUUCUUGUAAAGCAGCUUUAUUUUUAUUUUUUUCACAUUUUAUGUAAGUGUAAAUAAAGUUGGUAAUGGGGCAGCUUGUUGCACGCUUUAAAAUCCUACUGUGGUGAUUUGUCUUUCUGGCUGUUGGGCAGCCAUGUGUGCAUUGAAUAGAAAAACAAAGGCAGGGACUUUACCAGCAGAUAAAGGUUACACGUACUGUAAGGACUGAUUUUAAUUUUUUAUUAGAAACAAUAAAGAAUCAUACACUGAUUAUGCACUACUUGCAACUACUACUGGUAAUUUUUAUCAGUAACUAGAAGUACCAGCGCCUCAAAAUAAGUAUAAACACUGGCAUUGACUAUAUGUACUGACAUUGCCCCCCCACCUCCGUCACGCACAAUCUGUGAACACCUACCAGCCUUUGUUGUUUUAAACUAAGAAAUGUUGCAUUGACCUCACAUCUACCUGCUUUGGGGUAACAGGGAGGAGCCAGCCUCUUGAGCCUGCAUUGAAUUCUUGUAUUUUAGAGUCUCAGGUUGAAUAUGUGCUGCCUUUGCAAUGUACUUGUUAGCAAAACUGCAUGAUGUAGUCUGUUUGUCUUUAAGGGCAUGCAUUAUUAUCUACUGGGUGUUUACAUCAUACAGCUGCAAAGGAACUCUUAGCCCACUAAUUACUAUAGCCAUACACUGUUAAUUUGUUGUAAGGAGUUGCUUAGCAUCCUCACUAAGGGCUCUAUUAACGUUUGCCUUUUAUUGAACUCAAACCUGGGAAUUUGCAUUGUGCAGCUAUGACAUUAGUGCCAAUGUUUUCCUUUGCAGCACGUUGGGUUUUCUUUCGUAAACUGGCCGUCCAUAAAUGCCUUUUUUUUUUUUAAAUAUGAGACACAUCACUUCCCCCCCUCCCCCCAAAACUUAUUUGUAAAGGGUGUGGCUGUUUUAACUGAUUGCAUCGUUUGAUUUUUAGCUGCCUAAAAUGUAAUGUUAUUCUCUUCUGGUUGUCUGUGUUCUUAUGUAAAGCUUGAUACUGCAAUUGAUUUUCAUUUUGUUUCACACCAUGUAAUAAAAUCUAAGUUUAUGCUG